AUGGCAUCCGAAACGCCCACAGAUUAUGGUCUGAAAGGUAACAACACCACUCCCCAUAACGUCACAGAAUCGGAGAGAAUAGCGUACUUAGCCGAACUUCAGGCGCAGACGACACUAAUCAUGCUUCCCACCAUCGUGCUGCUCAUCCUCUUCGCUGUCGUGGGCUUGUUCGGGAACACUCUAGUCCUGAUUGCCUACUCCCAGAAGUUCCGUAAAACGGCAACCCGGAUAUUCGUCAUGGCGAUCGCCAGCUUUGAUCUCGUUACCAACGUGUUGGUUAUUCCAGUUGAGGUCUACGACAUGUUCCACAUCUGGGACUUCGACAACGCCCACAUGUGCCGUGUCCGCUAUUUCGUCUCCUCGGUCACCACUGUGUCGUCUGCCACUCUUCUCCUCGCUCUCUCCAUCGUCAGGUGA